AUGAAUUCUCUGAGUCGACAUAUGACUAACCGAGCUCUGUCUUCGAGUCUUGUUUCUACGAGGUUACAAUCAUCACUAGCCGGUGGUGCGGCAGCAACCUCAUCAUCAACGAUUCAACUUCCAAUUUACAAAGAACGUAAACCAACAGAUGUAUUGCGAGCUCUUGAAGGGACAAUAAAACGCGACCCGACAGCUCCACACUACAAAUAUAUUGAUGAUCCUUACCUGAUUCCAGUGUCACAAUCGACAAAACGUUCGUACGCGUUGGCAAAAGAAUCCGGACGUAAAGCUGCCAUGUGGAUUCGACAGGAACUUUCUUACCUAUUUGAUCACAGAGUGAUGGAUCCUGUUAUUGAGUCGUUUUUGCCGAAAAUAGAGUACACCAGUAAAGACCAGGUGUCGGAAGAAGUUCUGAAGAAAGUUAUUAAAGAUGCUAAUCCCUCUGACGCGUUGACAAUUUAUAAAUUACUUGAAGAGCAAGUUUCUGUUGAAACAAAGUCAGAAUUAUUGCAAUUGUUGUGCUAUUAUAACAAUGAAGAGCCUCUGUCUGAGGAAUUUAUGGAGCACAAGUGGUUCAAAAAUGAUUCUAAAACACCUUCAUGGAAACAUUGCUCCGAAACUGACAAACUAUUUGCUUUUUUAAAAGACCAAGGUGGAAAAAUUGCUGCUGACGCUUAUUCAGCAAUGAUUUGUGGCAAUGCCAAGUACAUAAACACUGAACGAGCUUGGCAAUUGUCUGAAGAAGCCGACAGACUUAAUAUUCCUCUGACAAUUGAAGCUUAUAAUUAUAUUAUUUCUUUAGCAACUACAAUCACAGAUAACGGAAGCGAGCGAAGAAAAAUAGUACUAAACACGAUGGGAAAAAUAAAAGAGCAAGGACUUGAGCCAAACAUUGGAACUUUAAAUAGUGCUCUGAAAGUUACCAGUAGGAUGAAUCGAAACAACGCUGAAGAAUUCUGUCGAUUGCUGUUCGGUGAAUUUAAAAGUAUCGGUAUUGAACCUUCACUGGCUUCAUAUUAUUAUGCGCUAAAAGCAUUUUAUCGAAAAGACUCACCGGCUUGUAGUUUAUUGCGUGAGAUUAUGAAUAAAAUUAAAAACAAAUCAUUUGUCGCUCAAAGUAAAGCUGACACUCUGUUUUUUCCAUUUGCGAUGGAUGUUGCUGCUAAUAUUGUAAUUGAUCCAGAAUUAGGCGAUCAAAUUCACAAAUUAUUGUUAACUGGAGAUAAUUAUAAUUUUAUAGGGAAUAAUUUUGGAGAAAAUAUUUAUUACAGACAUUACUUUAUGCUCCAAGUACAAAAUCGACCGAUUGAUGCAUUUAUGAAUAAUUAUUACGACGUUAUAGUACCGAAUAUUUACGUUCCUGAGCCCAUGGUUAUGAAUGCCAUUUUAUCGACAUUAGAAUUUAGUGAUCCUGAUAUCAGUAGGGAAUAUUUGGCGAGAAUAUGGAGUCAUAUGGUACAGUUUGAACAUUUAGAGAGAAAAAAUCUUGUUAGCAAAGCGUUGAAUCUGAUGCGAGUUCACUGUAAGCCGGAUAAUAAUUCACCGUUCAAUGCGAUAUUUGCUGACGCUGCUUGGACCGUUUGGAAAUACGUUCUGCUUCAACAAGAAAGAAGAAUCCAAACAUUGAAUUGGGAAGGAAGAAUUCUUGGAGACAUGGCUAUUCUCUGUUUAAGAGCUGAUGAAGUCGAUAAUUCUGCAACCAUUGUCACAUACCUAUUAGAAAAACAAAGUUCGAUUAUUGGAGUUCCGGAUUUCGAGCAACUAGACAUUUUAUUAGAUGGCUUCAUAAUGAAAUGUUUUGCUCCACCUACUAUAGAUUUGGUGACCUAUUGUGCAGAGAAUGAUUUUCCUGAAGUGCCAGGAAUGGUUGAAAAAAUUGAAAGUAAUUUAUCUUUGACUGAAUGGCAACACAAUCGUCUCAAAAGUUUUGUUGAUGCUAAAAAAGGUUCUAAGAAAAAAUCCAAGGAUAUAAAUUAA